UGUUCAAGGCUAAUUUGAGAAAUUACAAGAUGGUGGAGAGGGAUGGAUGCGAUCGGAAACUCAGCAAAAAAAGUCGCCGCUCCUUCCCUUGUUCAUCUUCAAUCAUUAUUGCGUGUCUUCAGUCCGUAUUCCUUAUCUUUCUUAUAACCCCUGGAUGUGCUCAACUGGUUGUCAACGUGAAAGAGAAGGGAGGAGAUGUUUAUAAAGAAGCGAUAAACGCCAACACCACAGCCGAGACAGUGACACUCGAAUUUAAGAGAAGCGAUGGAACGUUUAUAACACAGUUUAUUGACUUCAAAAAUGAAAUUCAGAUCUUUAAAGCUCUGGUGCUAGGUGAGGAGGAAAGGGGACAGAAUCAAUUUCAAGUCAUGUGUUACAUCACCAGGUUUAUCAAAAAUGAGUUCAUCUCAGCAGAUGCAAUGUCCAAGUUAAGACAGAAAAAUCCUGGUGCUCUCCGUACCCCAGAGGAUGACAAGGGUCAAGAGAAACACCAGAAGGACCUGUUGGUUGAUGUGGAGAGAGCAGAGGCCAUCACCCCCCAUACCUCAGACAUCUGUGGGGACGCCAAGGACACCACAUAUGCCAGAGAUGCUGAUCUCAAGUAUAUUGCUAAAUCACUUAACAAAGACUAUGCCAAGAUGCUUACAGCCACAAGUCGACCCACUGGUUCAGUUUAUCACUCUCCUCGCUGCACUUUAGUCCAGGACUUAUUCAAAUCCUGUGUAUGUCGGUAUGAACUCUGUAUAGGCUGGUACCCCUGUGGACUGAAAUACUGUCGUGGAAAAGACAACUCAGGAAAAGUGAUCAGUUACCGCUGUGGCAUUAAGACUUGUAAGAAGUGCCGAAUGUUUGAGUAUUAUGUCAAGGCUAAGCAGAUGUGUCUGUGGGAUGAGGAGGAAAAGCCAGUACAAAUGCUGUGAAUGCAUUCUGUUAACCUGCCAUCAGCAGUAUCUGUGUCAAAAUAAGGUUUAGCCUUCCAGACCUUGAGACACCAGGGUUUAAGUAUCCAAUGGUCUAUGGAGGGAACACGUGCCAAUAACCUAACCAAUUAAGAAAUUAAAACUGGCCUGGUUCUAAUUUUACUUGCAUAUGUUGCUAAUGUGACAGACUCCCAAUGUUUUUUUAAAAUUGUUGCAGUUAGAGGCACCAAUAUCAUAAAAAGCUAGCAUACAUUUCUGCAGUAUAUUUACCCAGGUCUCAUUUGAAAAAGGACACGAAGUCUUCCCUUGACAGGUGCACCUCAGUUACAGCUUGAAUUCAGCUUAUUUUCAAAGGAUCUUUUUAAAACAUGAACAUUAUUGCAUUUAUUUCCAUUGCUCCUCAAUUCAUAAAUUUGCAAACCCGUUUAAUAAUUAGUCUUUACAAACUGGUGGUGUAAGUCCACAAGUUAUGUAGUGUGCUAAGUCCAAGGGUCAAUAUGUUGACUUUCGUCCUUCUGUGAAACCCAAGUGUUUCUGCAUUGCACAAAUUUAAUUUUGUUCAUAUCAACUCUCAAGUCACUUGCUGUAUUUAGUAACAAUUUUCUUAAUCA